CAAUAUUAGCACAGCGCGCAAUAAAAUCCAAAACAAUUGAACCAUCAUGUCGGAGGAACUCCGCGAAGAGCAAGAAAUGGAGGCCGAGGCCCUCGAAGCCAUCUUUGACGAUUGCCUAGAAAUCAUAUCCUCGGAACAACCCUUCGAAUGGGCGGUCGAUUUGUACCCCGAGCAACUCGCCGCGGACGAGGAAGACGAGGACGCUCCCCAGAACCACGUUGGUGUCAAGGUAGUGGCAAAGAUUCCCCUCGACUACCCGGAAGAGUCCCUUCCGGAGUUUAACAUAAAGGUGCUCAAGGGGUUGACGGAAGAGCACGAGCAAGAAUUGUUGGAACUGGCCAACGAGGAGGCCGAGAACAACAGGGGCAUGCCCGUCGUGUAUGCCGUGUGCGAACGGCUGCGGGAAUGGUUGCUGGAAAACAACCAGAAGGGAAUGGACGAUCGAUCGAUGUACACGCUGAUGCUGAAACGACAAAAGGAAGAGAAGCGAGACGAGGUACGUAGCGAAUCAAAUGAAUCUGUUUGGAUUCAGCGGAAACUCGACGAACGGUUUCAAAACGAUUGGAUGGUUCUGUGUUUGGCACCAGCUCGUUUUGGUUUGGUUGUCUUUGACACAAGAUAUUGCGCAAACUGGUGGAGUUGGGCGUUUGUAGCGAUUGCCUCCGUGCUUCACACGCCGUUCCGCCGAAAGAUUGUUUCGCGCUAGAAUAGCACCCUUGGUGGAAGCAGACAAGAUCCCAUUGGCUGUUAGAUGUGACGGUUCGGUCGCCGCCAAGGCGACGGAAUCGACUCCACCUUUCAGUGGGAUAAUAUCUGCCUGACAUAUUUUGUACUAUAGAACGGUACAAUUCAGCACACAGAUGGAUGGAAUCCGUUUGAAGUCGCUUGCCUUGCAAGGGAAGGAUCUCUCACAUUGACGCUUUGACAUCCGUUUUGUGUAUUUCUAUCGUUGUCUCGGUGUGUUUUUGCUUGGCGACAGGAAAAAGCCAAGCAGGUAUACGAGGCACAAAAGAAGAAGGAAGAAAUGACCCAGGCGGAAUCGGAAGAGCUCGCUGUUCGAAGACGUAAGUUGUUUUUGGCUUUGUUUUGUUUUGUUUUGUUUUGUUUCGUUUCGUUCUGUUUCGUUCUGUUCUGUUUGCCACCGUUCUGCUCGCUCGACGAAGCGAUGGCAACGACGGACCCCGCAAAUCUUCUCAUUGCCCUGGCUGACCUGUUGGCUUGUCGCUUUCUUGCUUUAAUCGCGCAUCCCAGGCCGUGCCGAGGGAACACCCGUCACGGACGAAACAUUCGCGGAAUGGCGGGACAAAUUCAACGCCGAGAUGGAAGAACUCAAGGCGCAGCAAAAGGCGGAGGCAUCGGCCGACACGAGGAAAAAGGGAGGGGCMAAGGGCGCCGUAAAGGAGGUGGACAAGUCCGGGCGACUGACGGGCUAUCAGCACUUUACCGACAAGACGGGAGGAACACUUAACAUAGAGGCCAUGGAGGCCGCGGCCGAAAACGCCCAGGAAGACAUCAACGAGGAUCUCUUCGACGUCUCGGACGACGAUUUCGACGACCUGGACGACAUGGACUUUGACAGCUCGGACGAGGAGGACGAGGACGAGGACGAAGAACCAGAUAUAUAACAUGUGUAGCAUUCCAAUAUUGAUAGAAUUUGACUCCUACAAAUAGAGGUCUCUUGGAGCU